GAAGACGAAAGAAUUUUAUUAGUUUUUUUUAUUAGCUCUGGAUGAGAGCACAGACGUGCAGGACACCGCGCAGCUGCUCAUUUUUAUUCGUGGAAUUAGUGCAAACUUUGAGAUGUGCGAGGAGCUGGCAGCCCUCCAAAGUCUGAAAGGGACUACGAUGGGGGAGGAUAUUUUCGGCAAAGUGUACCAAACCAUGGAAGAGUUGGACCUGGACUGGUCAAAGCUGGCCAGCAUCACAACUGACGGGGCUCCUAGUAUGGUGGGCAUGUCUCGGGGUCUAAUAGGAAGCAUGAACCGGGAGAUGGAAGAACGGGGUCUCAUCGCCCCGCUACAAGUCCACUGCCUAAUUCACCAGCAAGCACUGUGCUGCAAAGUGUUGACGUGGGAUUCUGUCAUGAAGGUUGUGGUGUCAUGCAUAAACUUCAUCAGAGCAAAGGGACUUAAACACAGGAGUUCCAAGAAUUCCUGUCUGAACCGGAAUCUGCGCACAGAGAUGUGCUGUACUACACAGAGGUCCGAUGGUUGA